AUGAAUGAAAGUGGAGGGAGAAGCAGAGGGCCGGGCCACGCAGAGAAAGGGACCACUCAGCGACGAGCCCCAGCUGUGAGAGCUGAGCGCUCCAGCUCUGCGUGGACAGCGGGAGCAGAGCCGAGGGGAGCGGAGGCUGAGCGCCCUGCGCUGGACCCCAGAUCACAGGAGUCGCCGGGCUUGGGACGCACGGUCCGAGCGCACACCGCACGCACCUCGGAGGUCCUGCGCACGGCCGGCCACCCGCGAUGAGUGAGAGCAGCCGCCUGUGCUCGGGCUACUACAGCCUCAACCGCAGCUUCGUGGAGCCCUUCCAGUGCCCGCGGCGCGGCGACGGGGCCGCGCUGCUCUACUGCUGCGGCUUCGCAGACCUCAAGUACUGCUGCAGCGAGCCGGGCAGCUACUUCCCCUACAAGCACAGUUACAUGUGGAGCCUCAGCAUUGGUGCUCUGAUUGGAUUGGCAAUCGCUGCCCUUGUUUUACUUGCCUUUGUCAUCAGCGUCUGUGUCCUUUGCUACCUAUUUCUGUACACAAAACCUCAAAGAUUGGACAAUGGCCUUAAACUUCAGCACCUGGAGGCAUCUUCUACCCUACAAGGCAACUUAAACAGAAAAACCAAAGGCCUCAUUUCAACUGCAGCAUCAAAUUCAACAAAUGAGACAGUCUAUGAAGCUGAUGAUGUAACGCAAGAAAAAACAAUGGAUACAACACAAAUCAAUAUUGCUUAG